AUGCUUUCAACACCUGUACUAUAUCAUGGAGCCCGUGUUGUACGAGUGUUCCAGUUGCCACGCCUGGACUCUCAGCCAGCAUUUCUGGAUUCACAAGAGGUACAGACACCACCAGCCCCCGCAGCGGAUCCAGGACCACCUGUAUCAACCUCCUUGGCUGCCAGCUUUCUUAAUUUGAUUCAGGAACAUUUUCAGUGCCCGAUGGUUGCCCACUCACUUAUGGGUCAGAUGUUGGGACGUCCUACCCAGAACUUUGUUGUGUCCCUGAUGGAAGGAAUCGCCCGGGAGUUCCGAGACACUCCUCCCGAAAAUCCGGAAUUAAGGUCAUACGCUUGUGGAGCUUUGCGAGAUGAUUGGCAACGAAGAAACAGGGUUGGUCGUCUCCUCAUACAUGACAUCCAGCAACUCCGAGGUCCACUGACCCCCACAGAGGCAAGCCGUAUGGUCUUAUUGGCCAGACUUCGUCUACAGGGGGAAGGUGUUGGUUCAGCCCAGCUCCCGAUUCUUAGCACCGAAGACCCAAUAGAAGUUGGAAGGUUAGGUAAACAGCGUCUGGUUGCCGUCGAUAAGAUAAGGGCGGACGAGGGCGGGAUAAGUCCUGAGAGAACAAUGAUCUCCGCACCAGCCGUUGUCCUGAAGCACCACUGGGCCUCGCUGAUUGUGGGGGGUACUUGGAAUACGCGAUUGGUCUUUCAUCUCAUUCUUCAAGAACUCUGGACUGACACGCGACGGAGGCGUGUGGCGGGCGGUAUUGUCGGUGAUACGAUGCUCGCGAAUUUCACGAGGAAGCUCGCCGAAGUCGACAGUGUGGUCGAUGGUGAUGCGGGGCCGAGCACCGUGACAGUAGGCGUCAUUAUUGGAAGUCCGAUCGAGCUGGGAUGA